AUGGCUUCUCUCUGGAGCUUGCUGGAAAAUGAUGUCUUCAACCCGCAGAAGCAACGGCUGCUGGAAACUGUCUGUGUCUGGAAGACGGGGAAGAAGAAGAAGAUGUCCAUUCUCUGCAUCGUGGUGGCUGCCUUCAGGCCAACGCAGCCUUUCCUGGUGAAGGUCAAGGUGGACCGAGGAGAGCAGUACAAGAUAGCCUGCAGGUGGCCUUUAGCAGAGCUGAAGAUGGUGGAUGGCAAGAGUCUCCAUCAGGCAAGCCUGGAGUUCGAUCUGCAAUUUGAUAAGGUGUACAAGUGGACAGCUCACAGCUUCGAUGAGAAGAAAAUCUUUAUCAGAUGCUUGUGGAAGCUGAGCCACCGGUUCCUCGCCAGCUCUGUCACAUUUGUGAACAUCCCCUCCUGCAUGGCAGAAGGGAGACAAAGGCCUCAGAAAGAAGGGAAGGACACCGCAGAGACUGAGAGCCAGGAGGAGCUUAGUGCGUACCAGGAGAUGACGCCGAGGGAAGCAGCUGAUGUGCUGAAGCUGAUGGAGGAACACGAGCCCCUUGUGAACAACUCAGUGGCCUUUGCGGAGCAGCUCAGCAAUGACCUCCAAGUGCUGGAUGAGGCCAACCUCAGGGCCAUAAUCUCCUCAGAGAAUCAGGUGACACAGCUGAUGGGCUUCAUUGAUGAGGCCCUGGCAGAGGUGGCCAGGGUGGAGGAGACCUUGCAGAUCUACGAUGAGCUGCUGGGAAGCGUGAAGCAGCAGAUGGACCACAUCCACCGGGAAAACUCCCUGCUGCAUCGCAUCCUUUCCAAUAAGACCAAGCUGAUGGAUGAGAUCCUUUUCCUUACAACCCACCUGGACCUCAGCAGGGAACAUUGUGAUGCCUUGGGGGAGGCAGACCUCUCCAGCCCCAGUAGCAUGAAAGCCUGCAUUGCUGCUGCAGAGGCUUUAUCCGCCUGCAUGAGCAUCCAGAUACACCCUGGUUAUCGAAAACUGCAGUCUGUAGCCGAGAAGCUAAUCAUGUUUGAAACGCUCAAGCAGAACUUCGAAAGCUCCUUCAUUGGUCACAUUACAAGCAUCUUCGAGCUGCAGGGUAACGCGCAGGUCCCCAUUCUGCCCAUUGACAAACUGUCUGCACCAGGCCAUGGGCACCACCAUCAGGAAUUGGUGCCCUAUGCCCCACUCAUGGCCUGGCUGAGGAGCACCAACCCUGUUCUGUUCUGUGAUCUCCCCAAGGUCUAUGCCCAGAACCUCGGCAGACUUUAUGACCGGGAAAUCAGAGCCUUUUUUGAACAAGCCAGAACUUCCUUGUUAGGAAGAAGAAAAGGAAGUCUUCAGGAAAGCUUGGAGAAGCCAAUGGGGAGCAGGCAGCGAUGGAGCUUCCCUGGGAGCAGAGAAGGUCAGGAAGACACGCUGGAAAAAGGCAACGUCGUCAAGAUACUGGAGCAAGUGCUGAGAGAGCUGCAACCCCUUUGCACCGCGGAGCAGCAGUUCAUUGAGAAGUUCUUCCAGCUAAGCCAGGAGUCUGCAGAGCUGGAGGUGACAGAAAUGAACCCCACAUCUCAAGGAGGAGAGAGCACAGCAUCUCCAGAGGACACUCCUUGCACCAAGCCUCAGAGCCAACUAGAAGAACCUACAACCCAGCUGCUAAGUGAGAUCUUCAGCUGCCUGGAACCAGAGCUGAGAGGGUUUCUAGAUGUCUGCAAUAAGGUCCACCCAUUUGGCUGCUUGCAGGUCCUGGUUACCUUGAAUGACUCCAUCUUUGAAAUGUGGGGCUCUUCCUCAGCUCUGCCCUCGUCCUUCCUCAACACUGUCCUGGGCAAUGUGCUGCUCCUGGCCAAGAGCAGCUUCAACAAAUACAUUGGGACCUUGUGCAAGGAGAUUGAGGAGGCAAAGAUGCCCAGCAGGAUGAAGGGUGGGAUCCUGCCCUCCAUCAGCCGCUUUGAGGAGUUUGUGAACUUCUCGGAGGAGGUGUUCAGGACAGCUCAGCGGAGGGGGGAGCUGGACAAAGCGCAUCUCAGACUGGCCAGCAGCGUCUUCAGCAGUGUCAAUAGCCUGUCCUCAGCAAACCUGAAGGUCAACACAGACAUGGUCAUGAUGGAAAAUUUCCACCACAUUCACUGCUUCCUGUGCCAAAAGAAGAUCCUCUGCCUGGAGGGCAAGAAGAGGGAAGCCAAGCAAAGGUACAGCGAGCACAUGGAGAAAUAUGUCAUCAGGUACCUGGGCCAGCCACUGGAAAAGCUCAACCACUUCUUUGAAGGGGUGAAAGCCCGCCUGGCUCAAGGGGUGAAAGAAGAAGAGGUCAGCUUCCAGUUGGCCUACAGCAAGCAGGAGCUGAGGAAGGUCAUCGAAAAAUACCCUGGAAAAGAAGUAAAAAGAGCCCUUGAGACCCUCUACAGGAAAAUCCACAAGUAUCUCUCCCCAGAGGAGAAUCUUUUGCCGGUGGUGUGGCACGCCAUAGAGCAGGAGCUUGUACGGCAGUACCAGGAGUUUGAGGAUCUGAUCCGGCGCUGUUACGCAGGGUCAGGGAUUGCCAUGGACUUCACCAUGGAUGACUUGCUAAGCUACUUCAACGUCAUCACCCUGUCCAACGUGUAG